GAACAUGUCUGUUCGUCUGAUAUGAGCUUGUUGAUGUGAAUUGACAUUGAUCACGCAUGGAAGGAAGGAAUGCAAAGAUGAUUGCUACAGUAAACGGGCCGUUUGGGUGGUUGACGCAAAUCUUGGCCCGUGAGAGAGAUUGCACUACGGAGAACUGGCACGCAUCUCCACGCCUCCCACGGCACCCUAUAAGUUGGACGGUGGCGGUGCCCCCCAGCAACAUCGUUCGACAGCUCUUCUUUUGAACGAGAUCGAGAAUGAAGCCCGCGCUCCUGUACGUCGUGAUCCUCAUCCUCCUCCUCCGCCUGCAGCCGCAGCCCGUCGCCAACGGUUGCUGCGAUGCCUUCUGCGCCGUGCUCUGCCGAGGGACUGAUCUGUCUGCUGCCAUUACCAGCACCACCACCGUUACAACCACCACUGUAACUACCACUAACAGAUCCACUACUACCACCACCAUAACCACCAUCGAGAUGCCUCAGCGGCUCAUUCCUAACGGGAGUAAUGACACUCCUGUUUACCCUGCAGCAGCAGCUGGCACUCCGUCCGUCACCAAGGUCUUCCCACUGUCAUUGCCCGCCAACGAGAACGGACUCCCCGCUCCCGAACCUGAUGCUCGGCCUACUCCGCUUGCCACCGAGAAAUCCUCGCCGCUGCCUCUUCCGUGUUCGUCCAUUCCAACGAGUUCCCCCGCUAUCACCAAGGAAUCGUCGCCGUUGCCACCACCGGGUAGGUCCAUUCAAAGGGAGCUCCUGAAGGAUCUGCGGCGUUAUCUGAACGCCACGAGUUGCCGCAAGUUAGAUCAAUCUUUCGUGAUCUUAAUCGUAGACCCCAAAUAUUUUCUCGGCUUUUAAUUCCUCCUUCCCCAAUUGUUAGCUCGCGAACGUUGGCCAACUCUCUCUGGCCCAAUGCAUACGAUUGAUGGUAUACGUACGUCGGACAACUGUCGUCUGAUCUGUCCUUUUGUC